AUGGCAUGUCUCGAAUACUACGUGGGUCUGCGCGUGAGCGCGGAAAAGCGAAACAAGGACCCUAUCAGCAUUGCCCUUGGGCAGGGCUACAGGAGGAAUUUACCUGGCUGGGAUCGUACCCAAUCAAGGAUCAUCCUGGGUAACUGGAGUCCUCGCAACAUGGGUCCUCAUGUUAGUGUCUGGAUUGUUUUCAUCGAGAUUAAAAGUCUACAGACUACUAGCCAGAACAGCCGAUCUACGGGCCGUCUCCACCAAGACCUGAAGAACGAGGCAGGCCGAUAUGAGCUGUCGCAUCCCGGAGACACUAGGGCGAUCUGCCCGAGCGAGGUAGAACAAACCCCAUCGCUAUCAGCUAACGGAGAGCAUCCCUUCAGAGACAAAACACUCAGGGAGUCGGAAGCGAAGAAACCAUCGCAUGUCCCUGUGGGCCAGACCAGACGCAUUCAAGUCAGCACACAAGUAGCCAACACACCCAUGCAUCGGCGAGAUUUCUACUCGGCGCCUUGGGGGAAUAAAAUGACAGUGCGCACCAUCAUAGGCCCAGAUUCAAAUGACAAUGCGUAG